UUCGCUUCGUCCAUGGUGAAUAAGUGUUUAUGAUAUUGUACAAAACUUGGAAAUUAUUAUGUGUAAAUUGUUAAAUAGUGCAUUUUAGUGAUUUUCUCUAGAUUACUUUAAGUACUGCUUUCUUUUUAUAUUCUUAUUCUAACAAAUAUAGUGCUAAAUGAUGAGAUGAAAAAAUGUUAUUGUGUGCUAAGUUUUAUAAUGGCGGCCCGUCGCGUCCCCCGCGCCUCCAUUUCGUUGACAGUCAGAUAUGACAAUGCCGAGACGUAGAAAUGUUAAAGUUGUUAUGUUUUUGUAAAUAACCUAAAGUUGGGCAGAGAUAUUAAAAUAGCAUAAUCCUAAAUAUGAAUACAGAACAUCACAGUAUCAAUACGGGUGGUGGCCAACCUCCUGGUAACUCCGAGUCUCAAAAUCAAAGAGUAUCAUCUUCCCAGCAACAACAACAAUCAAGUAAUAAUCUGCCUCCCACUACUUCUGCUACCGACCUACGAGUUAAUUCGGCAGCUGUUAACGUUGCUUUGUCCAGUGUCGCUAAGUAUUGGGUGUUUACAAAUCUUUUUCCCGGGCCAAUACCUCAAGUUUCUGUGUAUGGCCUGCCACCUAAUGCAAGGCUUGAAAACGGAAAACCUGUGCAGGAAUUGAGCCAAGCUCAUGCCGGACUGCUGAAUGGUGAUCCUAACCUUAUUCUCGGUCAGCACAGUGGGCAACCGCAGCUAUCUGUAUCAGGACCUAGUGGCCAACAAAUACCUGUCACUCAAAUUAUCGCAACACAAUUACAAUCUGGACAGACGCAUGAAUCAUUGGGGGCGCACAGUCAGCAACAAGAUCACAAUACUCAGCAGAACUCUGGGAACACAAGCCAAGGCUCGGUUAGCACAAGCCAGCCCUCUCACCAGCAGGUACCCAAUAAUCGGGUCGACUUUAUACAACACCAUAACACUGAUAUGGGCCAUCAUUCCCAACAACAUACAAUGCAACAACAACAGCUCAUGGCAACCAAUCGUGACCACGCAAAUCAACAGAUACAGCUAACAGUAAGCGAAGAUGGCAUUGUGACUGUGGUGGAGCCGGGCGGAGGCAAAGUUGUGGACAAAGAGGAGAUGCAUGACGCUAUCAAAAUGCCCACAGACCACACACUGACAGUUCAUCAGCUACAGCAGAUUGUCGGACAUCAUCAGGUGAUAGACAGUGUUGUUCGUAUAGAACAAGCCACAGGCGAACCCGCUAAUAUACUCGUGACUCAAAACCCUGAUGGGACCACAUCUAUAGAGACCAGUGCAUCUGAACAGCUUAUAGUCAAAGACGAGAAAAACGUUGCGAAAAUUGAAUCCACACAAUUUGCAAUACCCGCAGAUAUUAAGGACAUCAAAGGACUUGAUUUAAAGAGUGUGGGAUCAAUGGGUAUGGAAGGAGCGGUUGUGAAAAUAUCAGCGGGCGCCUCAGAACACGACUUGCAUGCAAUGUAUAAAGUUAAUGUUGAGGAUCUCUCACAUUUGUUGGCUUACCAUGAAGUUUUUGGUAAACUCAAUCCCGAGGGCCAACCACAACCCAAGCCUAUAAACGAAGUAGACGAAGCGGGAACUAGCGCUGCCAUAGCCGAAUCUGAUACAUCUCCCGGACACCAUUCCUGUGACAUCUGUGGCAAGAUAUUCCAGUUCCGAUACCAACUUAUUGUUCACAGACGAUACCACGGCGAGAGCAAACCUUACACAUGUCAAGUUUGCGGCACUGCAUUUGCUAAUGCCAUGGAACUUUCCAGACACGGGAAAUGUCAUCUUGCUGGGGAUCCUGCAGAGAGACAAACCAAACGGCUGACCCAAGACAAGCCGUACGCCUGCACUACUUGCCACAAAGCGUUCUCACGAAAAGAGCAUUUGGACAAUCAUGUACGAAGCCACACCGGAGAAACACCUUACAGAUGUCAGUUCUGUGCGAAGACUUUCACUCGCAAGGAGCAUAUGGUGAACCACGUGCGCAAGCACACCGGGGAGACGCCGCAUCGCUGUGACAUCUGCAAGAAGAGUUUCACCCGCAAGGAACACUUCAUGAACCACGUCAUGUGGCAUACAGGUGAAACGCCGCAUCAUUGUCACAUAUGUUUGAAGAAGUAUACUAGGAAGGAGCAUUUAGUGAAUCAUAUGCGAUCUCACACGAACGAUACACCGUUCCGAUGUGAACUGUGUGGCAAGUCCUUCACCAGAAAGGAACAUUACACCAAUCACAUUCUUUGGCAUACUGGCGAGACACCGCAUCGCUGCGACUUCUGUUCAAAAACGUUCACCCGCAAGGAGCACUUGUUGAACCACGUGCGGCAACACACGGGCGAGUCGCCGCAUCGCUGCAGCUUCUGCGCCAAGUCCUUCACACGUCGCGAGCACCUCGUCAACCACGUGCGCCAGCACACCGGGGAGACGCCAUUCCAGUGCGGCUACUGUCCUAAGGCCUUCACCAGGAAAGAUCACUUAGUGAACCAUGUCCGUCAGCAUACCGGGGAGUCUCCUCAUAAGUGUUCCUACUGCACGAAGACGUUCACACGCAAGGAGCAUCUGACCAACCACGUGCGUCAGCACACGGGCGAGUCGCCGCAUCGCUGCACAUACUGCGCCAAGUCCUUCACCAGGAAGGAGCAUCUCGCCAACCACACCAGACAGCAUACGGGCGAAACUCCUCACAAGUGCACGUACUGCACGCGGUCGUUCGCGCGCAAGGAGCACCUCACGAACCACGUGCGCCAGCACACGGGCGACAUGCCGCACCCCUGCUCCUACUGCAACAAGCGGUUCACGCGCAAGGAGCACCUCGUCAACCACGUGCGAUUGCAUACGGGCGAGACUCCGUUCAAGUGCACGUAUUGUACGAAGGAGUUCUCCCGCAAGGAGCACCUGACCAACCACGUUCACCAGCACACCGGGGAGACGCCACACAAGUGUCCUUUCUGCACCAAGACAUACUCCCGCAAGGAACAUUUGACCAACCACGUCAGAAUCCACACCGGGGAGUCGCCGCACCGGUGCGAGUACUGUGACAAGACAUUCACGCGCAAGGAGCACCUCAUCAACCACCUGAAGCAGCACACGGGCGACACACCUCACGCCUGCAAGGUCUGCUCCAAGCCAUUCACCAGGAAGGAGCAUCUUAUGACGCAUAUGAGGUAUCACAUGACAACAUUCUGUACAUUUAACCGACAUACAACGAUAUAUGAUUGUAAUAAACCUCAACUUUAUUUUUUUCCCAGAGCGCACAACUGUGGCGAGAGACCGUACUCAUGUGGUGAAUGUGGCAAAUCCUUCCCCUUGAAAGGUAACCUGCUGUUCCACGAGCGAUCGCAUCAAAAAGGCGGCGGGAACAGACCAUUCCGAUGCGAUAUUUGCUCCAAGGAUUUUAUUUGCAAAGGUCACUUGGUGUCGCACCAGCGCACGCACCAGCCGGCGGGCGAAGCGGCAGCCGGCGAGCAACCCGCCGCGCCUGAGCCUUGCGACAAGGACGCUGCUGACCGCCCCGAGCGCAAGCACGACAUCAGAACAACAACUAACGAAAACAGACCGACAGAAGAAGAGGUCGCUCAAAGUCAGCAAAAUAAUGCUGUUAUGCAAAUUACAAGCCAGGUUCGCGGCGGAACUAGUAGCGCUAGCGGUGUGUCGACGUUCCCGCACACAUCUAACGCGCAGCACCACGCCGGCGGGGUCGCGCACCAUCCAGUCACCGUCAACUACUAGCGAUCGCCCACGCAUUCGCACAGCGUGCCGUCUGCACAGCUCAUGUGCGCCUAGUACUUGCCCUAUUCUGACGUAGUAUGGUGCGUGAGAACCAGUACUACUCUUAAGUGCGCCUAGUAUCUGCUGCAUACUCAGCAUGCAGCGGAACGUAACGCUCAUGUGCUCCUAGUACUUGUUCUGAUCAAUGUGACAUAGAACAAUAAGUGAAAUAAUAACUCGUUUGAAUCUAGUGCGCUCAUUUACUGAUAUGUGAAAACUCGCGCUAAACGCCAUCGUACGCAGUGAUUUGUUGUGUUUUAAUACUGAACUGUUUAUCUCUUGUAAAGUCAUGCACUUUUAGUACCUGCUGCCGUGCGACGCAAACCUUAACAAAAACCCUGAAACAACCACCUUCCUUGCAGAGUUUAACUGAUGCCUAUCGACGCGAUUAUUUUCAUUAUCGUCUCAGUAUCAGAAGAUACGAAUUUGAAAAUUAUUUUUUUAUCAUUAUGACGAAGCUUUUCUUCUAGUUACACUUUAACAUAUUGAGGAUUCACUACUAAGUAAAAAUGCCAGUUUUAUCGUUAUUAAUGUUUUUUUUAAAUAUGUGACAAUAUGUAAAGUUUAUGAUGAGAUGUCAACAUAUGAUGAUUAAAAGGUGAAUGAAAUGAAGAAUUUUACAUAUAACGUACAAGGGGCGAUAAAAAUGUACAAAAGUACUAAUAUGGACAUAAAUUAAGAGGUUAAAAGGGAUAAAAGAUUUGUUGUACGAAUAGUAAAUAUUGUGAUUUUAUAGUCUGCGUUUCUCGACGCAUACAUCAAUUUUGUAAUAACUGUUUUGAGUGUAAAACGAAUGUAUUAUGUUGUAAAAAGUUCUUAUUACUUUUUCUUUGUAUUAUGUAAUUGUAGAAAGUGUAAAGAAGGAGAAAGAAAUCAUGUAAAAUUGAGAUGUGUUUGAAGAAUUUGGGGAGAUAUAUGUGUAACAAAUUCAUUUUUGUGUAGAAACUGUGUAUGUAGGUACUUGUCAGAACUGUCCAUCCCCUUUUUUGUAAGGUUGAGAUAAUAAAACGGCGCCAUCUUUAACAAAGAAAAUUACAUUCCUACUGAAAAAUAUUUUUUCGUAUUUUUUAUAUGGAUAUCAAUUCGACGAAGAUGAUAGAAAUUUAAAGGAUUCUUUAAAUGAGUAUUUUUAUUAUUUUAUAACUAAGUAAAAAAAUAUUUUAACUUAUUUUAGCAAAUGCAUUUGAACUAAACCUAGUAACUAACAUGUCUUAAACAAGGUUUACUAAUAAUGUUUGAUAGUAGAAUUGUUAAUUUAACAACUGUGAUGAAUUUAAAUAAAAAAUAAUAGCUUGGAGUUUACGACCGAUGUUAUUAAACAUUAAGCCGAUUUCACUAGUGGUAAAUGAAUCCUUUGUACACAAUAAUAAAUACUUGUAUCAUAUCAAAAUGUAAAAUUAUUUUUUACUUUUUUUAAGCAUUAAUUCAUAAUCUAACAUUACUUAGUGCAGGUAAUCACAGAGCUUUUGUUUGUUUAUUUUAUGUGUCUCAUUGAAAUUGGGGACCAUCACAAAUGAAAAUAAAGUUGCUAAUCAAAUUAUAAUUUUUAAGUAUAUUUAAUUUUGUCAUGUAUCUUUUGUUAGUUAUCUUUUGCCAUUAUUGCCCAGUCCAAGGUGAAUAAGAUUUAAAUAAGUAUUGUUUUAUGGCAAAUAACUGUUUUAAAUUAGCUUUUACUCCUUUGUCUUUUAAGGACUUAGGACAAUGAGUCGGACCUUUCUCACUAAUCAUUUGAACUGCUACUCUGAUGACAACCAAACAGGGAACCAGAUGUAUUGGUUAUGACCAAAGAGAUUCAAAUAUAAUACUAAUUAUAGAGUGGACAUUACAAGCAUUUUUCUUUAAAUUAUUUAAUGCAUAAUCACACAUUGGUCAGUAAUCAAAGUAGUCAAACGAAACAAGCAGUAGUUAUUAUUUCAGCAUACUGUUUGGUUUGUAAUGUCCCCUCUAUGAUAAACACACUUCAACUAAAGCUUGCAAUUACUAGCAAACAUUGGUAUAUAUUUGAAAUAUAUCAACUUUUGAUAGUAAUGUCAAACUUUUUUUGUACAUGUAUUUAUAUGUUAAAUGUCUUUGGUUGUGACAUAAAUAUAAGUUGCAUAGUUGUGGGAUUGCGUAUUUGCUUGAGUUAGGCAACCCGGUUAGCGGAGUGGUGUUGUAAUCACUUCACAAGUAAUUGUUACACGGCUUGUAAACAUUAUCAUAGUAUGUACCUAAUCUGUAUAUAAAUAGUUAUAAUUUAGUUAUGUAAGGUAGGGAAUUUAAGACUAAUAGGCAUAUAUCAAUUAUGUAAAACUUAAAAUUUAAUAUGUUAUUACUAAAAGAGAGGUAUUAAACGAUUUUGAAUCGUCUGAUAUUUUUAAGUUUUUUUCUGAGUUUUGGUGGGAGUAUUUUGUAUCACAAGGCAUAUUUGGUAAUGUCAACCUUAACGGUGCCACGCUAAUUUAUAUUUUAUAGAGAAAUCUUAAAGCAUAGAUACAAUAAUGUAAAAUAAAACCUUAACUUAUGUUCAGUACUUUGAUAUGAAUGAGAUUAAAAUGUGAAA